GAGAGGGCGGGGCGUAGCUGGGAUGGAGAGUGAGUGUUGGGGCGGAGCUAGGGUCGCGACUCCACGCGGAGCAGUCCAGGUCUCCAUCCAGGAAAAAGUAGCACGCACUAGGGGUAUCCCGCCCGCCUGGUGGAAGGAACCGCAGCGCACACGGUGGGAGGGCUUCCGAUUUUAGCAGGGCGGCUUCCGGAAGGCGGAGCUCCAACCCCAUUUCCUUUCUCUGGCUGCUGCUGGCCCAGCUGCACCUGCGUGUGGCCCUGGCUUCCCGGCUCCCUGCAGCUCGGUGGCAGCAGCAUGGGUGGCGCGCGGGACGUGGGCUGGGUGGCAGCAGGGCUGGUCCUGGGUGCCGGUGCCUGCUACUGUAUCUACCGGCUGACUCGGGGACCGCGGCGAGGCGGGCGCCGGCUGCGUCCUUCGCGGUCUGCAGAAGACCUAACCGAUGGCUCCUAUGAUGAUAUCUUAAAUGCGGAACAGCUUGAGAAGCUUCUGUACUUGCUGGAGUCAACUGACGAUCCUGUAAUUACUGAGAAAGCCUUGGUCACCUUGGGGAAUAAUGCAGCCUUCUCCACUAACCAAGCCAUUAUUCGUGAGUUGGGUGGUAUCCCAAUUGUCGGAAACAAAAUCAACUCCCUGAACCAAAGUAUUAAAGAGAAAGCUUUAAAUGCACUAAAUAACCUGAGUGUGAAUGUUGAAAAUCAAACUAAGAUAAAGAUAUAUGUCCAUCAAGUCUGUGAGGACGUCUUUGCUGAUCCCCUGAACUCUGCAGUGCAGCUGGCUGGACUGAGGCUGCUGACAAACAUGACGGUCACCAAUGACUACCAACACCUGCUCAGCAGCCACAUCGCUGGCCUGUUCCACCUGCUACUUAUCGGAGGUGGAAGCGCCAAGGUUCAGGUUUUGAAGCUGCUUUUGAAUUUGUCUGAGAACCCAGCCAUGACAGAAGCACUACUGAGUGUCCAAGUGGAUUCUUCAUUCCUUUGCCUUUAUGACGGCCAAGUAGCAAAUGAAAUUCUUCUUCGGGCUCUUACGCUGUUUCAGAAUAUAAACAAUUGCCUCAAAGUGGAAGGCCGGUUAGCUAAGCAGCUUCCUUUUGCUAAAGGGUCAUUGUUUUGUCUGUUGUAUGGAGAAGAAUGUGCCCAGAAAAUGAAAGCUUUAGCUUGUCAUCAUGAUGUGGAUGUGAAAGAGAAGGCUUUAGCAAUAAAGCCAAAAGUCUGAUCAGUUGCUCCUCUAUUUUUAUCAAAGAAUCAAAGAGUAAUGCAGUCUUCAGUCAGCGCACAGGAACUCUUACCUUCCUUUAAAGGGGUUCUUUCAGCUGAUGGAGUUAAACAAUAAGUCAGUGGGAGCAGCUCUAAUCCAACAUGAUGUUCAAAAUUUUAGAUUUUGGAGUAGUUCAGAUUUGGGGUUUGGGGGUUGAGUAUAGUCUGGAACCUUCAGAGGAUGUGAAUCACUUCUGAGGCAAAUGUCUAGUUAUGAUGGUAGACGGACUGGCCAUGAUCUCCAGGAAUAUUUGGAAGGCUUCUGCUGCUCUUAAAUGAACACGAGGGGUUGUACUGAAGAUACUUACUGAGGAAGUUAAUGGUUUCCUGACAUGAACUGAGUGGCCUUUCUCUGCAGUCCUAACUCCUGGGAGUGAUUUGCAGUUGCUCAGGAGAGCAUUCGGUGCUGACCGAGUUGAAGGCUAUUACUGCCACAGCAAGGGCCUUUAUGCCUCAGAGCAAUGACCACCGCCAAGCCCGAGUCCACCGCCGAGCCCGCCGUACUGCUUGCAAGUCUGAGUUCACCAUGAGACUCUGCCCGCAGCAUUUCUGAUUAGUAGGACUGGACUUCCGUAUACGUGGAAAACAUUUUCUUACUGCUUACCCCCUUGUGUAAGAUACUGGAGAGCAAUCCAAGCUUCCACCCACAGGCAGUGGCAGACCAAGCAGCAGCCCUUUAAAAAAAGUGUCCUGAUGAGUCUGUCUGGAUGCAUGAAGAAGUACACCUAUGAAAUGGUUGUUUCUACAGCACGCCGUGAAGCAAUGUAUUAGGGACCCCUGUCUUUUUUUUUUUUUCCCUCUUAGUAAUGAUAAAUACACUUAUACAUGGACAGAACAUUUCUAGAAUGAUACGUAAAGCUUCUGGGCAUGGGACUGAGACCUGGGUACAUGGAUCUCUUUGUGUACCUGUUUCUACUGUUUGGAUUUUUACUGAGCAUAAAUUGUAUAAUUUUUUUAAUAAAAGAUAAAUGCAAGGUGUACAUAAUUUAUUCC